GAUUGUUAUAGAUGGAUAAAGAUCAUGUCUUGCCACCUUUUGGUAGGAUUUCAAGUUUUUCAAUAGGUGGUAAUCAAGAAAAUGUGAAUUUGGAUUUAGCCGAAAACAGGGUUAAAGCUGAUUCGGGUCAUUUUAGUCAUGAUAUAAGCGGAAUGCCUGAUAGCCCACCAAAGUAUAUGGGUCAUAGACGAGCCCAUUCGGAAAUUUUUACUCUUCCUGAUGAUAUAAGUUUUGAUAGUGAUCUUGGUGUUGUGGGUGGUUUUGAUGGUCCUUCGUAUACUGAUGAAACCGAAGAAGAUUUGUUUUCUAUGUAUCUUGAUGUCGAUAAGUUGAAUUCUUCGUCUGCAAAACCUGGUCCACCGUGUUCUGUAGAAAUGCAGACAACAAAAAUGGCUGCAACAACAAUGCCUGAAAAUUAUGGUUAUGGUUCGGGUGAUAGGCCUAGAACUAAACAUUUGCAUAGUAUGUCUAUGGAUAGUUCUACUACGUUUAAGCCAGAAGAGACAUCUUCAAUUGCAGAUAAGAAAUCAAUGUCUGCCACAAAGCUUGCUGAGCUUGCUCUCGUUGACCCAAAGCGAGCAAAAAGGAUAUGGGCAAAUCGGCAGUCUGCUGCAAGAUCGAAGGAAAGAAAGAUGAGAUACAUAGCCGAACUUGAAAGGAAAGUCCAGACACUGCAAACAGAAACAACAGCAUUGUCUGCUCAGUUGACGCUUUUGCAGAGAGAUACACAUGGUUUGACAGCUGAGAACAACGAGCUAAAAUUGCGUAUACAAGCCAUGGAGCAACAGUUUCAUUUGCAAGAUGCUGUAAGUGAUGCACUUAGGAAGGAGAUACAACAUCUGAGAGUAAUUACAGGUCAGAAUCUCGCAAAUGGUGGACCAAUGAUGAACUUUCCGCCACCUUAUAGACCAAACCAGCAGUUUCACCCCAACAACCAAGCCAUGCAAACAAUGUUAACUGCUCAGCAGUUUCAACAACUCCAGUUUCAGUCCCGGAACCAGCAGCAGCAGCAUUUUUUUCAACCACCACAACUCCACCAAUAUCAGCAGCAACAGCAACAACUCCAUCAAUUUCAGCAGCAGCAGCAGCUUCACCAAUUCCAUCAGCAACAGCAACGGCACCAAAAUCUUGGUUAG